CCUUCGACCGCAACUCUCAAAUUUCGCGACCCUCACACGAACAAAGCACCACCAUCUUCUGUCAUCUUACCGCCCUCGAAAUCAUCACCGCCGUCUGAGUUGACGUUUACAGCAGCUUCUACCAAGCAAUCGUUGCCAUCAUGUCUUCUCCUUUGAGCGCAAUCAAGAUCCGCAGAAAGAAGAAUGUCAAGAAGGGUAUCCAGUUCUGCUUGAUGGUUUGUGGUGCCUCGGGAACAGGCCGAACUACAUUUGUGAACACCUUAUGCGGAAAGAAAGUCCUCCAAGGAAAGGAUGCUGACGAUGCGACAAACGCCCAUAUUGAGGAGGGUGUCCGAAUCAAGCCCAUCACCGUCGAGUUGGAAUUGGAUGAAGAAGGAACUCGCAUCUCCCUGACCAUCGUAGAUACACCAGGUUUUGGAGACCAGAUUGAUAACGAGGCAAGCUUCGGUGAAAUUGUUGGCUAUCUCGAGCGGCAAUACGACGACAUUCUCGCAGAGGAGUCUCGUAUCAAGCGUAACCCCCGCUUCCGCGACAACCGUGUACAUGCUCUGCUCUACUUUAUCACUCCCACUGGUCAUGGUCUCCGCGAAUUAGACAUAGAGCUUAUGAAGCGCCUGUCACCGCGUGUUAAUGUCAUUCCCGUCAUUGGCAAGGCUGACUCUCUUACACCCGCUGAACUUGCUGAAUCAAAGAAGCUCGUCAUGGAGGAUAUUGAACACUACCGAAUCCCAGUCUACAACUUCCCAUACGACAUUGAAGAGGAUGAUGAGGACACGGUCGAAGAGAAUGCUGAACUCCGGGGGUUGAUGCCUUUUGCAAUUGUUGGCUCCGAGGAGGUCGUUGAAAUCGGAGGUCGCAAAGUCAGGGCCAGACAAUAUCCAUGGGGUGUUGUGGAGGUGGACAACCCAAGGCACUCGGAUUUCCUCGCCAUUCGAAGUGCUCUGUUGCACAGCCAUUUGGCGGAUCUGAAAGAAAUCACACACGAUUUCCUGUACGAAAACUACCGUACCGAGAAACUCAGCAAGAGUGUCGAGGGUGGCGCUGGAGCUGAUUCCUCCAUGAACCCUGAGGAUCUGGCAUCCCAGUCUGUUCGUCUCAAGGAAGAGCAACUCAGACGUGAGGAAGAGAAGCUCCGGGAAAUCGAGGUCAAGGUUCAAAGGGAGAUCAACGAAAAGAGACAGGAAUUGUUGGCUCGUGAGAGUCAGCUUAAGGAAAUCGAAGCCAGAAUGCACCGAGAGCAAAGCGCACACCUGGAAGCUACAAAUGGUGGCGGGGCGAACGCAGAGGAGUAAAUGGAGAGGUGUAAUCUGUGUUUUGUGGACGGUCGUACCUUUCGGGGACAAAGCUUGGCUACAGACUGGCCUUUUUCUAUUGCGACUUGCCUUGUCGAUAGGGAUAUUGGAGCUGGGUUUCUUUUUGCGGGUCGUUGACGGCAUUUGCAAGAACUGUUCUGGCUCUGAAAAGCUAAUCACGUGUUUUCUUAUCCAUUUCUAAUGUCCAACUCAAUUAUUUCAUUUUCCUUCAUCCUACCUGUGAUAGAGGCACGAGUGGAAUGAUAUACACUUCUAGUUCUUUUGUACCCUAGCCCAAUGAUAAUCGCAAGCUGUUAAGUUGCCAGAUAUGGUGUAGAGCUGCGUCUCAAUACUUGAUGUGUGCACGUCGCCUCAUGAGUGAUCAGGAUGACGUCUUGUG